CAGAUGUGAGCAGCCUCGUGCUGGUGUCACGCUGCUCGUGAUUGGCGGCUGAGUGUGUGAGUGUGUGUGUGUGAGAAACCAGUAGCAGGUUCCCAGACACACACACACACACGGUCUCCCUCGGCAGAGACAGGGGAAACCAGCUCUCCUCCCGCGGCUCACACACACCAGCUUCUGUCGCGGAGACAAAGUGCAGUGGACGCGAUGUUGAGGGAGACAUGUUCCCGCUGACGGAGACAACAACACGGAACAACUGUGACAGCGUCCGCGACUGGAGAGAUUAACCCCGGGAUCCGAGCUCCACACGUGGACACCGCCGCGGAGACACCUCGUGAAGAGCGGCUCUCGUUCCUCCUCGCUUGACCUUCUCGCCACCUGGUCCACUCCUCCCGCCAACUCGAGAGAUGAGCGCCAAGUCGGCCAUCAACAAGGAGGUGUUCAUACCCCACGACGAGAAGAUGCUCGUUGCUGUGCAGGUGAAGCGCAGGACCAAGAAGAAGAUCCCCUUCCUGGCCACUGGUGGUCAAGGAGACUACAUGACCUUCAUCUGCCUCUCAGUGACGAAUAAGAAACCUUCCAACUUAUCCAUCACCAAGGUGAAGCAGUUUCAAGGAUCCUCUGCCUUCAUAAAAAGGUCACAGUGGACGAUUGACCAGCUACGGCAGGUCAACGGCAUCGACCCCAACAAAGACUGUCCUGAGUUUGACAUGAUGUUUGAAAAUGCCUUCGACCAAUGGGUCGCCGGCUCAGCGGGAGAGAAGUGCACCUUCAUCCAGAUCCUCCACCACACCUGCCAGCGCUACUGCUCGGCCCGGAAACCAGAGUUCAUCAACUGUCAGUCCAAACUGCUGGGGGAAGACCGAGCUGUAGAUUCAGUCAUUUUCCGUUGCAAGGUCUAUUUGAACAGAAAGAGGAAAGAAUUUGUUUCCCGCCACGGGCAUCUGCUAAGACAAGGUAACAGUAUACUCCACUCAGCCGCGGACACCGUGACGAGUGCUGUGCAGAAGGCCAGCCAGGCCCUGAAUGAGCGAGGUGAGCGAUUGGGCCGGACCGAGGAGAGGACCGCGGACAUGAUGAACAGUGCCGAACAGUUUUCUGUCACUGCACACAAGCUUGCCAUGAAGCACAAGUGUUAGACCACUGCCAAAUCCAACUUGGCUGGGUGGGGUUUCACCUAUCGCCAGUUGCUGUACAGAAGAAGGAUUCCAGAUUUUAUUCUUUUUAAAAAUCUUUAAUAUUAUUAGUAUUUGUUAACAAUGUUAACAUUUGAAUGUUUUGGGGGGUUAUUGUGAUCUGGUGUGUCCUCUGGGGACCAUGCAUCGAUCGGAGGGCGGGACGAGACGUGUACAAUGCUCCUUCAGACUGUCAACAGAACGCUUAAUGCUUUGGUUCAAACUUUAUUUGAUAACUACAGUCGUCCACCCCCCCCCUCCCUCCCCCCACCACCUGUUUUCAUGUGCUCACACACUGAUUUGUGUUCAAGUGUUGCCGAGUCAUUAUUGCUUCACGACAAACAAUAGCUUUGUCUUUAUUAUCCAAUAUUAACAGUUAUUUAUGAGCCCUGCCGUGUUUGAGCAGUAGCUUUGUGAUUCAGGAGUGUGUGCUGCCAUUACCACACAAAUAUAUAUAACAAAAGCUAUCAGACAAAUAUUUAAUUCAAAACAGCAACACGUUCGUCCAUGUCACCAAAUCCAAAAGUGUUUGAUUUCCACUCUUCUGGUCUGUUUAUUCUGUCAAUGAUUUCAAAUUCUAUUAUAACAGUAUUUCGUCAAAAUGUUUUCAAGCUUUUCACAAACUGCACACGACACUGAAUGAGGUGAUGACGAACAGGAUUGAAAUGUGUGGGUCUCUGUUAGAUUUGUCUGCCGUACAAAAAACAACCAAAACAACAUGGAAUACCGAUCUCCAACAUUUUUAGCAGUGUACUUGAAGAACUCAUUUUCUGAUUAAGCUUUUUACAUUAUGAUAAUUUAAGUUAAGUGAGGGGAUUUCAGUAAACAAGCUUCUGCGUUGUAAAAAGCUAAAACAUGUGAUUCUUCUCGUACUAUUAUCUCAGUGUCCGUAGAGCUAAUACGACCCAUAAACAUGGGGCGUUUUGAAAUUACUCCUGGCUGUGUUUCCACUUUAAACAUCUGUUAGUCAUCUCUUGUGCUUUUUGUAUAAUUUGGAUUGAAUAAUAUUCAUAAUAAUGAUGUUUGUACUGAUAGAUAGAGGACUGAAUAUCCCAAAUAGCAGCAGCAGCAGUGGUUAAUAGUUUAUUUUUCUGUGCCGGCGUCCCACUGCCUUUACCUUCGCUUCCUCACUGGCAAGAUAUCACCCUCAACAAUGUAUUUGAUUCUUUUUUUUAUAUAAUUUGAAUUUUAUAAUUCAUGAUGUUACUAUACACAAACAACCUUUAUCUUGCAGAGCACUGUUGAGUUCAUAAUGAAACGUUCCAGUUGCCUAACUCUUUGUGUGCUUUUAUUCCUCUCUCUAACACUUUGGAUGUUUAUUGUUUUAAUAAAAAAAGACAUAAAAAUGAA